CGCCGCUUUUUAUGCUAUUUCGUUCUUUAUUAGUAGCAAGAAGAAGAUUAAAUUUCAAAACAUUAAAUUUUGUUAUUGAAGAAAAUCAUAAACAGACUUUAUUAAAACAGACUAUUUUAAAAAAAAGAAUAAUGUCAACUAAAUCAGAAGAUGAAUGGAGAGCUAUUUUAACACCCGAGCAGUUUCGAGUACUUCGUCAAAAAGGAACCGAGCGUCCCGGAAGUGGUGAAUAUAACAAAUUUAAUAAAAAAGGUGUUUAUCAUUGUGCUGGUUGUAAUGCGCCUCUUUAUGUUUCUGAUACAAAAUUUGAUAGUGGCUGUGGAUGGCCUGCAUUUUUUGAUGGUAUUCCUGGCGCCAUUGUUAGAUACGAAGAUAAUUCACAUGGAAUGCAACGUACCGAAAUAUGUUGUGCCAAAUGUGGUGGUCACUUAGGUCAUAUAUUCAAAGGUGAAGGGUUUAAUACGCCUACUAAUGAAAGACACUGUGUUAACAGUAUCAGUCUUCGAUUUCAUGAAUAAAUAAUCACAUAAACUGUGGCUUGUUUAUUUUCAUAAAACUAUCCAAUUAUAUUGCUGAUUCAAAAAAAUGAUUUAUAAAUAAAAUUUUUUUCAGUUUGCUAUGAAUCCUUCUUCCAUU